AUGUACUGGUAUUAUUCUACAGUGUUUAAAGAGUUCGUGAUAAUUAUCUGCAAAUUGGCGUUUAAUGUUUUGGCGUGGAAGCAAAUUGGGUAUAAGAUUGGAGGUGUACAAUACAAAAAUAGCACAGAUUAUGAAUACAAGCCAGAUGCCAUACACUUUCAUGACGAAUUGGAAGAUUCUGAGAAGUUUUUCAUACAAAACAACAAUGUUCCCAUAGGAUUCGAAGUCUAUGGGGAUAGAGUGUUCAUCACCGUGCCUAGGAGACGAUAUGGAAUACCUUCGACUCUAAAUUACGUAGAAUUAAAGAGAGGAGGCAGUUCUCCCCUCCUCAAACCAUACCCUGAUGAUGAAAGCAUCAAGAAGUUCGUAUCUGUAUACAGACCGAGGGUAGACGCGUGUCACAGGCUGUGGAUGGUUGACACUGGCCAUUUGGAAGUCCCUGGGGUAAGAAAACAAAUUCAACCACCAGCCAUCAUCAUUUUCGAUCUCAGAACCAAUAAGGAGAUCUUGAGACAUGAACUGGACCCGUCCGUCAUAGUCAACGAAAGAACUUCGGCAGGAUUAACUUCCAUAGCAGUAGAUGUAGACCCGAAGGCUUGCUCGGAUGCCUUCGCCUACAUCAACGACUUAGCAACAGAAGGUGUGGUGGUGUUCUCCCUCAAAACUAAGGAGAGCUGGAGGAUGAGCCACCCUAGCUUUGUACACGAAGAGCAGGCUAUGAAUUUUACUGCUGCAGGACAUGUCAUCACCUGGAGGGAUGGCAUCUUCAGCAUCGCUCUCUCAUCACCUGAUGAUGAAGGAAAAAGGACAGCAUACUACCACCCCCUCGUGUCCACCAAGGAGUUCGCUGUGGAUACUGCUGUUUUGAAGAAUAAAGGGGAUUUGGAAGGUCACGUAAAGCUAGUAGGAGACCGGGGUGCGAACUCCCAGAGUGGAUCCCAUGACGUCCACCACGACACUGGUGUGAUGUUCUUCGCCAACGUCGCACAGGACGCCAUCUUGUGCUGGAAUGUCAAAGACGAGCUGUCACCAGAGACCGUGGCCAUUGCUUCACAGGACAGCGAGAAGUUGGCUUAUGUCUCAGAUCUGAAGGUAUCAGGCGAUGAGCUGUGGGUCCUGACCAAUCAAAUACCGAGGUUCAUCUUCAACACCCAGCACCAAGAUAAAGAUAAUUUCUUCAUCCAGAGAUACAAAAUACACGAAUUGAUCAGAGGAACUCCGUGCGAGAAAUCAAUGAAGAAGAAUUAUUAAUUAUGAAUUUUGACGAUUUAUUUAUAUUUUUAUUAUAAUUACUAAAAGUUGUGAUGUGUUAUUGAAUAAUAAUCUAAUAUAGGCUGAUAGUUUUUUUGAAUCUCUGUGACAUUUUAAUAAUUCUAAUUUAUAAAGAAAU